AUGUGGAACGAUGAGGAUAACAAUCCUUAUGGCGAGGGCUUUGACCGGAGAGAUAGCCUGACUUCCUCUUCGGCCAACCCAGCCUCUCCUACUACUCGUGAGUAUCUGGAUGAUUCUUCAGACAGUACUGAUGCCGAGUGGGAGUCUCUAGACCAGCGAUUCGACAUCCCUCAGACCCCAUCGACUACAAGUGAUGAGGCCCCUCAGAACCGCUCCCAUACCCUCGAAGACAGCGAUGUCGAGAGCAGCGACAAUGAGCCGAUUGCUAGAGACAGAGGCGAUCUUGUCCCGCGCCCCAAGCCCGGCGGCUACGAAAGCCGCGUCGAACAGAUCCUCUGGGAAAAUCCGGCCAUGACUAUCCUCAUUACUGAUGCAGGAAAAAGCGCGGAAAGCGGAGGAAAAUAUAUCGUGUACACCAUCCGGACGGGCAACCUCGAAGUACGCCGACGAUACUCGGAAUUCUCGUCUUUGCGUGAGGCAUUGACCCGACUGCACCCUACUCUAAUCAUUCCACCUAUCCCCGAGAAGCACACCAUGGCCGACUACGCCGCGAACCCUACGAGCGCAAAGCAAGAUCAGCAGAUUAUUGACCUGCGCAAGCGCAUGCUUGCGGUGUUUUUGAAUCGAUGCCGACGCAUGGAGGAGGUCCGAACAGACGGUGUUUGGUGGAGAUUUCUUGACCCCAAUGCCAGUUGGAGCGAGGUAUUGCACUCUCACCCAGUGGCUUCGGUGCCCAAAUCAAUCCUGAAGGCGCCUCCUCUGGACCCCGCGAACCCUACCCCUGCUCACAACUUCCUCCCUGUGCCAUCGACUUCGGCUAAGCUCAAGACGACGGGAGGUCCUGGUGUCGAUCCUGGAGCGAUCUCUGGCACCGGUUCUCACGUCUUUGGCCGGUUCCCCCCCGACAGCCACACCCUGAGCGAGCAAGAACUUGACCCCUACUUCAUUACGUAUGAGGCAUCAAUCAAGGAAAUGGAGCAGCUUUUGUCCGGUUCUAUGGAAAAAGUCAAUCGCCGGACCUUGAGCCACCUGUCCGCGCUGGCGGCUGAUCUGUGUGAAUUGGGUUCCAAGUUCAACGCUUUCGCGUUGUCAGAACAAGCUCCUUCUUUGGGUCCAGCCCUUGAGAGAGUAGGACAGGCAGCGGAUUCCUCCUACAUCGCAACCGAGGAACUCUCUGGCUCUCUAGGUGCCAGUUUCGCGGAGCCCAUGCGAGAGAAUGCGCAGUUCGCAGGCGUUGUUCGCAGCGUGCUAAAAUACAGAGUGCUCAAGCGGGUACAGCAGGAGCAGACGAGCGAUGAACUUAGCAAGAAGAUCACGCUACUGGACCAGUUGGAGCGCAGCGAGCAGGAAGCCAAGCGCAUCGAGCAGUACUUGAGCAGCAGCCAGCAGAUUGUACCGGCACCGAAACGAUCUACGAGCCUUAGAGAGGCGAAUUCAUCACACCAUCAGCGCGAGGGCAGUGCUGAAGACACGGCUUCCAUCGACUCCGACUUUCCUCCUACUCACGGCGAGCCAGUCCCGACCGCAACUCAAGGAGUUCCACAGAGAAGCAACUCUACCCCAGGCCAUAAGAAGGCCGCGAGCAGCAACUCCAUCACGAACAAGAUUUUCGGACCAAUUCGUCACGCUAUUCAAGGUGUGGCUGACGUCGAUCCCGAAAGAACUCGUCGUGACAUGAUCGGAAAGACCAGGGAGAGUAUCGAGCAGCUUGAGCAGGCGAAGGUGGUCUCUGAACAUGAUGUGAAGGAGGCCAGCGCAAGUAUUUUGAAGGACCUGAAGAGGUUCCAGGGAGAUAAGGAAGAAGACCUGCGUCGUUACAUGUUGGCUUAUGCCAAGAGCCAAAUUGAGUGGGCGAAGAAGAACAAGGAGACGUGGGAAGAUGCCAAAGCCGAAGUCGCCAAGAUUGACGAAAGUUAG